CCCUCCCCCCCCGGCUGCCCGGGCCCCGCCAUGUCCUACAACAAGAUCCCGCCGCGCUGGCUCCACUGCCCCAGGAGGGGACAGCCCGUGGCAGGGAAGUUUUUACCCUUGAAGACAAUGUUAGGACCAAGAUAUGAUGAACAGGUUGCAGAAGAAAAUCGUUUUCACCCAAGUAUGUUAUCCAACUACUUAAAGAGUCUGAAGGUUAAAAUGGGUUUGCUAGUAGACUUGACCAACACCACUAGAUUCUAUGAUAGAAACGAUAUAGAGAAAGAGGGAAUUAAAUAUAUAAAGCUCCAAUGUAAAGGGCAUGGUGAGUGCCCUACACCUGAGAAUACAGAAACAUUUAUCCGUGUAUGCGAACACUUCAGUGAUAAGAAUCCUUCAGAGCUUAUAGGUGUCCAUUGUACACAUGGUUUCAAUAGAACUGGAUUUUUGAUCUGUGCCUUUUUGGUCGAGAAGUUGGACUGGAGUAUUGAGGAUGCUGUGGCUACUUUUGCUCAGGCCAGACCACCAGGUAUUUAUAAAGGUGACUACUUGAAGGAAUUAUUUCGUCGUUACGGUGAUGAAGAUGAUGCACCUGCGCCACCAGAGCUUCCAGAAUGGUGCUUUGAUGAGGAUGAAGAUGAGGAUGAUGAUAAUGGUAAAACUGGAGGCCCAGAAUCAGAACCCGGAUCAUCAAGCUCUUCCUUUGGCAAGAGGAGAAAAGAGCGCCUAAAACUGGGUGCAAUUUUCUUGGAAGGAAUAACAGUUAAAUGUGUGACCCAGGUGACAACACAACCCAAAUUAGGAGGAAUACAGCAAAAAUGUCAGCAGUUCUGUGGAUGGGAAGGGACUGGAUUCCCUGGAGCACAGCCUGUUUCCAUGGACAAGCAAAAUAUUAAAUUUUUGGAGCAGAAGCCAUACAAAGUUAGCUGGAAAGCAGACGGCACCCGGUACAUGAUGCUGAUUGAUGGCAAGAAUGAAGUUUAUAUGAUUGAUAGAGACAAUUCCAUUUUUCAUGUAUGCAACUUGGAAUUUCCAUUUCGUAAAGAUCUUCGCACGCAUCUAACAAACACUCUUCUAGAUGGGGAAAUGAUCAUCGACAAGGUUAAUGGACAGGUUGUCCCUCGGUACUUGAUAUACGACAUUAUUAAGUUUAAUGGACAGCCUGUUGGAGACUGUGAUUUUAAUGUUCGGCUUGCGUGUAUAGAGAAAGAGAUUAUAUUUCCACGGCAUGAAAAGAUGAAAAGUGGUCUCAUUGACAAAGCACAGGAACCGUUUAGUGUUCGAAACAAACCAUUUUUCGACAUCUACACUUCCAGAAAGCUCCUGGAAGGAAACUUUGCCAGAGAAGUUAGCCACGAAGUGGAUGGACUGAUAUUUCAGCCUACAGGAAAAUACAAGCCUGGUCGAUGUGAUGAUAUUUUGAAAUGGAAGCCACCCAGCCUGAACUCAGUUGAUUUUCGUCUAAAGAUAACAAGAAUUGGUGGAGAGGGGCUACUCACCCAGAAUGUUGGUCUUCUUUAUGUUGGAAACUUUGACAGACCUUUUGCACAAAUUAAGGUGACAAAAGAACUCAAACAGUAUGACAACAAAAUUAUAGAGUGCAAGUUUGAGAACAACAGCUGGGUCUUCAUGAGACAGAGGAUAGACAAAAGCUUUCCAAAUGCCUACAGCACUGCCAUGGCUGUCUGCAACAGCAUCCAGAAUCCGGUGACGAAGGAGAUGCUGUUUGAGUUCAUCGACCGCUGUGCGGCAGCUUCCCAAGGACAGACGCGGAAGCACCACCUUGACCCUGACACUGAACUCAUGCCACCCCCGCCGCCCAAAAGGCCUCGUAGCAUAACAUAGGGUCUUGGUCUCAGAGGCUCGUGUGUGUACAGUUCUACAGAAGGUGACACGCAAGUGUGAAGGCUGGGAAAACAGAGAUCUGAAUUGCUGUAAAUACUUGUGUGUGUUUUUUGAGUUUGGUUCUCGUUUUGUUUUGGUUUUCCAAAUUCCACAUACAAAUGGACGUUGUUUUGUAACGGAUAAAUUCAACCUUACAUUAUGGUAUUUGAAGAUUAAAUUUCCAAAGGUUUAGACAAGAACCAAGUACAAUGAAGUCAGUGGAAAGCUGCCUUGUUUAUAUAUGGAUCUCUUUUCACCUUUAAUUUAUAAUGUCAGCAAUCCGGAACUGAGGAAAUAUUGGGAUGCUGUACUUUUUAGGAGCCGUGUUUAAAAAAAACAGAAGUGUUUUUUUUUACUCUUGUUAUUAAACUGGCUGUGAUUUGUCACCCAUAGUAUAACAGAUCAUAGUUUCCCUGCAUUUCUGAGAUUUGUGUUUAACAGCAAACAGCAAUGUUGUGUUCUCUGUUGAUUAAAAACUAAGCCGCCUUAGAUUACUCUAAUUUCAAAAUUAGCUGGGUUUUUGUUGUUGAAAUAUUAAAAAAGUGAAUUCUUCUUGUAAAUAGUGUCCCUUUGAAACAAGGGAAUGUGCUGGAUGUUUGCUUUUUUCCCCACGUUUGAACCUAAUGCCAAAUGUAUAGUGGGCUGAUUUUAGCUUUUCCUUUUUAUCUGUAGAUCAGAAAUGUACCAAAUCCUUAGUAUUAAGGUCUCUGUUGAAGAGACUUUUUCUAGUACAGGGCUUAGUUCUCCACAGUGAUAGCAUUGUAAAUACUACUAAAAAGUACACAUCACUGUGAUAUGCAGGAGUAAUACGCAGUGCUGAUAAUGAAGUCUUGCAUCCAGGCACAAAAUGGCAAAAACAAAUGCCAGGCAACUCCUGUGUAAAGGAGAAUGUAGUUUCAGUGGAAGAGAGCUACAUCAGACGGAAAGUCUCUGAUUUACAUAAUUGCAGGGCAAAAAGUAAGUAAUUUUGGGGUGGGGGAUGAAUGUCCCAGGGAACAGGACGCUCAUUUUCAAAGAUGGGGUUGGCUGUCCUGUGGCAAUGUGCUCAUCCUCUGGCUGACUUUUCUUUCUUACCAAAUGAAGAAGCACGUGAAUGCCCUAAUGGCUUUUGUUGCAGCGGACUGGCAGAUGUUCGUAAUAUUAGUUUUGAGAAGCUGCCGUCUGGCUGUCUAAGGGAGGAGUUGUUCUGAGCUGGGAUUAAUUGGAAACCAAAUGCAGAUUUUAAAGUUUACUAUCCAUUUAUCAAGCAGGGAUUGAAUUGGCUCUUUCUAUCAUUUACUUAGUGUAUGAGUCAUCCAUCCAUUCAGUAGUCUGAUUAGUGAAGGUCACUAAUUUGUUAAAACUAAAAUGCAUUUCUGUUUAAAUGAGUUUUCAUGUUUGUAAACAAAAUUUACUCCUUUUUUUAAUUUUUUUUUUUUUUUCUAUAUGAAAACUUUAUGACUUUGCACACGGCAUCAUUUAGAUGGCAUUCUUGGUUUCUCUUUCUGGGAUAUUUCAUAUGUGUUUUAGAGAACUGAAGGAGCUAUACGUUACUUUUUAUACUAUGGUAAAACUUGAGGGGAAAAAAUGCUUUCAUCAAAGUUCUUUUUUUCAACUGUACAUAGUUUCUGCACGUUAUCUAUUGAAAAGAUAUAAUAUCACCUAUGCAAGGUUGCAAAAUGAUCUCUUAAAAAGAGCCUUAUUAAUUUGAUGUGAAAACCUAUGCAUCCUCUGUGCAUCUUGCAUCGAAACACGCAGUUAAUUAUUUCUUUGCUCGGUAUGAAUAAUUUCCCCCAGAUUAUACUUGUCAGUGAAAUUGUCAUAACAUACUUUGUCACUGAUCUCCAUGGUUCAUGGCAAUUGCAGUGUGGAUGAUGAUUACAGCCUUCUCCGUGAGGCUAGACAUUUCAUUUCUUAAAGAAUGUGUCCAGGUUAUUUCCGUCUUUCUCCUGCCCAGCUCUUGCAUCUUGUAUUUCAACAAGACCUAGCUUCUGAUUUACCUUUUACUUCAUUGUUGCAGCACUGCAAGCUGUCUUCCAUGUGCAUUCCACUAAGUCCAUAUAUGUGUUUUGGCCCUUGUAUUUUGGCAGUGUCUUUUUUCCCACUCUUGAUUUGAAAUGGAUAUUUUGAAAGAGUAAUGAUUCUGAGAAGGUACAGAGCUCCAUGUUCACAUUUGGCUGUCAAACUCAUCUUGCACUGUGACCUGUAGCUUUUCAGAGAGGUCAAUCACCUUUGCUUUUUUGGAAGCGGAGACUCCUGGGGAAGGUUUGAAUGAAGGUGGUGGAAACAAAUGGACUUCUACUUGGACCAGAUGAGUUUAAUGCUGUGAGAAAUGCAAACCUCCUUUCUCUGCUACUAGAUAUUCAAGAGAUUGAAGCUAAAAAGCAAAGAAGAGUCUGUGCCAGGAAAAUAAUGAUGGUGAUGAAAAACAAUACCCUGACUUGUCUACUUUUUGGUGUACAGCGUGAAUUCAUCUGCUGUUUUGUCAUUUGUUAAAUAUAUAAUUAAAAUUUGGGUUAAGUGGAGUUUCCAGAAAAUGUAAGUACAUUCCUCUAAAAACUGUGUAUUAAGUAUUUUAAUAAAGUCAAUGGUUUAAAAU